UAUGCCCAUUUAAAAGAAUGGCUAUGGCGACUCUUUGCGGCAUUUGAUUUUUGAGCAAUCCUCUCAAAAAUUUCAAAAAAGAAAAGAAAUAUUCAUCUGCUUAAUUUGACAUGCUCUUCUUCUACCGGAAGGAAGCGAAAUUGGAAGUAAAAAGCUUGGAAUUCUGAAAUUUGUAUUGGAAGUGUUAGAGAAAUUCUGCUUCAGAGACAGCGGGGUGCACGAAAAUGGAGAGUACCGACUCAUCGGCGGGCUCGCGACAGCCGCAAUUGCCGCCGGGAUUCCGGUUUCAUCCAACCGAUGAGGAGCUCGUGGUUCACUAUCUUAAGAAGAAGGCCUCGUCAGCUCCGUUACCAGUUGCAAUCAUAGCUGAAGUUGAUUUGUACAAGUUUGAUCCGUGGGAGUUACCAGCUAAGGCCACUUUUGGAGAGCAGGAAUGGUACUUCUUUAGUCCUCGAGACAGGAAGUAUCCAAACGGGGCGAGGCCAAACAGAGCGGCAACUUCAGGGUAUUGGAAGGCUACCGGAACUGAUAAGCCGGUGUUGACAUCUGGCGGGACUCAAAAGGUUGGUGUUAAAAAGGCGCUUGUCUUCUAUGGAGGGAAGCCGCCGAAGGGGAUUAAGACCAACUGGAUCAUGCAUGAAUAUAGGCUUGCUGAUAAUAAGACUAACAAUAAGCCUCCUGGCUGCAUCGACUUAGGAAACCGGAAGAACUCCUUAAGGCUUGACGAUUGGGUUUUAUGCCGAAUCUACAAGAAGAACAACACAAACAGACCCAUGGAUCAUGACAAGGAAGACUCCAUGGAUGACAUGCUUGGUCCUAUUCUACCUUCCAUAUCAGUUGGCUGUAACGGAAAACUUCAUCUACCCACAAAGAGCAUAGGCUACGGCUCGUUGCUGGAUAAUGACCAGAACCUGUUCGAAGGAAUGAUUAGCAACGAUGGGAUUAACAAUGGUACGGCCAUGUCACAAUUGGAGUCUUCGAGCUCCAAGGCAGAGUUGUCAGGGUUGUCUGCUAAGAGAACACUGCCUUCACUAUACUGGGCGGAUGAAGAGCCCGGCGGUGGGCCUUCGACGAGCAAGAAAUUUCAUGGGGAUAUCAACGAUGGAGGAAUUAAUGGAAGAGAAGAGGUAGAUAAUGGGAAUGGGUCAGUUGUCACUCUGCUUAGCCAGCUACAGCCGCAAAACAACACUUCAUUGCACCCUUCACAGUCAAUGUUGGGGUUCAUGGCGGAUGGGAUUUUUCGACCUCCAUUUCAGCUGCCUGGAUUGAAUUGGUACUCUUGAAUUAAGCUUCAAUUUCAAGCUGAUGUGGCACAAAAAAUGGUACAUAUAUAUACUGUGUCUUGUGAUCUUAUAUCUUCAAGAAAUCAAAAGUUUGGGAGUAGCUAGCUAUAGGAUUUGGAAGCUGUUGGCGUUAAUAAUCACAAGUGUUUGAUAAUACACAUAUAUACGUAUACAUAUUUACACUUUCUGGAUUUGGGUAUUGAGAUUUUGGUAAUUGCCAGGGAAGAUAUAAGAGAUGAUCAUGUUCACUCGUCAGAAGGAUAUUGGCUUCAAGUUCUCUCAAGUGUGCAUGCAAAUCUCAUCAUCAGGUCAGGCCACAAAGAUAUGUUACAUAUAUAGAUAUAUAGAAUAUUCUAUCAUAUGCGUAUACAAAUAGAUACACCAAGAUAUAUUUAUCUAUAUCUAAGUUUGUGUACACAAGUAUGGAUGUUAAUUUUAUAUGUGGAAAUGCAAUAGGAGACUCAAUACGAGGUUUGCUUAUAUACCUUAUAGUAUUGUAGAAGAAUAAGGAGAAAAAAGAACUGAUAACGAGUAUACUAUUUUUCUCUAGGAUAUACAGCAUUAAAACAUUGUAUAGAUGAUAAUGUUGACGAUA